CUCUGUGUUUUUCCUUGAAGCAGACACAAAGUCCAGGUCCUGAUGUCUUCAGAAGGAGUUGCUUCUUUCACCAGGUUCGACCGGGUGCGGGAGAUCCCAUACUAUGACCAGGUCCCUGUUGGCUUCGGAGGGUGGGACCAGGAUCUCCCCCCGCCACCAGCACCUAUGCAUGGAAAAAUGCAGGCUAUCAGCUUAGACCCCCUUCCCCCUCCCCCUCUACCUGAACAGCCAGCUGUUGGGCUUGAAUCUUUCGACCCCCCCAGUGAUGAUGAGGACAGCUAUGACAAUGAGGAUCUUAAGCCAGUCCACCGCUUCGUCCCCGACUCUGUCAAGAAGUUCUUCCGUGGCAGUAGCAGUAAGCGUGGCAGCAAGGGCUGGUCCAUCCCGCCACCUCUACCUGCCCCUCACUCACCUGCCCCCUCGUCCAGGAAGAGUGCCAUGUGUCACACCACUGUAGGGGUCCCCUGCUCGCCCCCGCACUCUGCCCCUCCAUCUCCGUCCCUUCCCGGCUCCUAUUUGGACCCGUACGGCGGCUCUGGGGGCAGCUACACCACUCAGAAGGAGCAGGACGGACUGCUCCUGGGCGCCGAAGCCCUCAACUCUGCCUCUGUAGUACCCAGCAACCUGUCUGCCCUGACCUAUCAGGAGCGGGUGGAGGAGUAUCACCAGCGCUACGCCUACAUGAAGUCCUGGGCCGGCCUGCUGAGGAUCCUGGGGUGUGUGCAGCUGCUGCUCGGAGCAGCCGUGUUCGCCUGCGUCUGUGCUUAUGUUCAUAAAGACAACGAGUGGUUCAAUAUGUAUGGAUACUCCAAACCACAACUGUUUGGGGGGCUCGGUGGAGGUGUUGGUGGAAAUGGAUAUGGGGGCAGUUACACAGGCCCCAAGACUCCUUUUGUCCUGGUGGUGGCUGGUCUCGCCUGGAUAGUGACCGUUAUAAUGGUUGUUCUCGGGAUGACCAUAUACUACAGAGCCAUCCUUCUAGACUCUUCCUGGUGGCCGCUCACAGAGUGCUCCGUCAACCUGGUCCUGGCAGUGCUUUAUAUAGCAGCGGGGGUGGUGUACGUGAGGGACACCACUCGGGGUGGACUCUGCAACAUACCCGUCUUCAAUAAUGGACUAAACGGAGCGUUCUGUCGCACCGAGGCUGGACAGACAGCAGCCAUCAUCUUCCUCUUCUUCAACAUGGUGCUGUACUUCAUCAGCGCAGGAGUGUGUCUGAAGCUGUGGAGGCAUGAAGCAGCAAGGAUGAGGAAGGAGGGGCUGAUACAAGAGAUGAAAACUAACGGAUCAUCAGUCCCUCUUUCUAUACUGGGCUCAGCCUCCAGGGCCUCAGAGCAGACUCCUCUCCCCACCGUCCAGCCGGACAUCAUGGAUAACCCCAACAACUCUGCACCUGCUCCUCUGGUGGCGCUGGAGCCAGAGAUCCGCCAAGGCCACAUACCAGCCGGACACAUCCCCAAACCUGUUGUUAUAGCAGAUUAUGUGGCGAAAUACCGCAGCAUCCACUCAGAGGAGGAGCGGGACCAGUACAAGGCUGUGUUCAACGACCAGUACGCUGAGUACAAGGAGCUGCACUCUGAGGUUCAGGCUAUGGCCAGCAAGUUUGAAGAGAUGGACGAGAUGAUGCAGGACCUUUCCUCCCGGCCCUCCAGCCAAAUGGAGAAGGAGCGGAUCAGUGGCAUUUUAAUGGAAUAUCAGAGGAAGAAAGCUGACCCGACAUAUUUGGAAAAAAGGGAGAGGUGUGAGUACCUGAAGAACAAGCUCUCUCAUAUCAAACAGAAGAUUCAAGAGUACAACAUGAAUCAGACCAACACGCGCGGCCUGGAGGAUGCGGCGGCGCGCCUAAUGUGUUUUGUUGAUGAGCAGAGUCGCUGCUGGUUUCAUCAGGAUCAGACGGUUCAUCACAGAGCAGGGACAGUACCAGCUGGAUUCAGUAUGCCGGGCAAAAAACACAACCCCCCCCCACACCACUCCAGUGGUAGCAAACACCACAGCAGCAGACACAGGCACAGUGAGUUCGUGUCCAACCCGGCCUAUUCCUACUACCCAGCAGACAAGAUGCUGCACUUCUACCGCUGGACUUCAGAGCCGGGGGUGAUGAAGAUAUUGUGUAUCAUCAUCAUUGUCAUGUGCGUGGCUGUGUUCGCCUGUGUGGCCUCCACGCUGGCAUGGGACUACGAUAUGAGCCUCAUGGGUCUGGGAGGUGGAGGCUUGGUGCCGGGUUACGGUGGCGGCAGUUACGGCGGCGGCAGUUACGGCGGCGGCGGUUACGGCGGCAGUUAUGGCUCCGGCUCGUAUGGAGGCGGCAUCGGCGGUGCCGGAUCCUAUGGCUACGGGCAAGUGCAGAUGGACCCAAGAGCUGGCAAAGGCUUCAUCAUUGCCAUUUCAGCCAUCACCUUCAUCGCAGUGCUCAUCAUAUUCGUGUUGGUUGUGUCGAAACAAGAUGCUGCCCGCUCACCAAAGUUCUACUUGGCAACCAUCGUCAUCUGUGCCAUCUUAGCAUUCCUCAUGAUCAUUGCCACCAUUGUGUACCUGGUGGCGGUGAACCCGACAGCUCAGUCCACAGGGUCCGUCUACUACAGCCAGAUCCGCCAGCUGUGUGCCCAGUACCAGACGCAGGACCAGGCCCAGGGCAUCUUCCUCAACCAAUACCUCUACCAUUACUGUGUGGUGGAACCCCAAGAGGCCAUUGCUAUUGUCCUGGGAUUCUUGGUGUUUGUUGCCCUCAUCAUCCUGCUGGUGUUCGCAGUCAGGACCCGCUCGAAGAUCAGGAGGUGGGGCCAGGAACGCGUUCUCUGGGAGGAAGUGAAGGUCAUCAGUGAUGGUCUACACACCAGUGUCGGGGAGUGGGUGACCAAUGUGUCUGGUAACCCAGAGGUACUGGUGAGCGACUAUAAUGACAAAGUGGGGGGGUCCAAAGACUAUCUGGACAGACUGGACCACAACAAGCCUCUGUACCUGCCAGGAGACUCGGACAUCAGCAGCUCUGUGGGAGGCUUGAAGCCCUGGCUGAAGGACUACGACGCUGGUGCAGAGUCUGGGGACGACCUGGAGGAAGAGGACUUCAGCGUUUUGUUUCCUUCCAUUGUGAAUGAGCAAGAACGUCUGGACUACAAACGGGAGUUUGACCGGGAUCACCAGGAGUACAAGAGCCUGCAGGCUGAGCUGGACAGAAUAAACCAAGACCUGGCUGGUCUGGACAGAGAGCUAGCCCGACACCCUGCAGGCAGUCCACACUUCCUGGAUGCAAUGAAUGAAUACACCAGGCUGAAGAAUCUCAAGAAGUCCCCAGACUACAAAAUCAAGAAGAAGAGGUGUAAAUAUCUCAGGUCCAAACUGUCGCACAUCAAGAGGAUGAUCAGUGAAUACGACCGUCGCCCUUGAAACUUUAGCUCUGACCCUUCAUACAGGCAAAGUGACACAUGUGCAGCUGCGCCGCACUGUGUUCCACUUCCCCUGCUGCUGUCAUGCUAUAUUUGUAUCAAGCUAUUAAUGAAGAUUUUUUUUUCCACAGACGAGCAGGGUUAAGAAAUAUGUUUUGAACAAUUCUUCAACCUCUGUAAGUUUCUAUAAGAUCAAUUUUAAAGAACAAUGAAGGUGUAUAAAUGUGAUAUCAAAUGUUUUUGUUUCAGUAGUUCAGCAGUUAUUGUGCUUCUUUUAUAGCUUUUUAUUUUAUUUUUUAUUUUAAAUCAUGUUUGACAGUUUCAUGUAAAAUGAAGGCACAACUAAGACAUGAAUUUGUUUGGCAUGAUGAAGUCAAUGACCAUCCCUUGUAAAUAAUGUCCAUUUUUAGUCUUUAGAAACAAUUGCAGAUGUUCUGUAAUAAGCUUUUCUGUACUUUUUUUAUGCUGUUUUUCUGUAAAUGAUGAAACCCUCUUUGCCGUUGAGAUAGUAAGUUAUUAUUUUUUCACGGUAGAUAUAAGGAGAAGCCCACGUGUAACUAACUGAUUAAUAAUGGCCCCUCCCCCUUUAGGUGUGCCAUCAACAUUUGUCCUUUACUGUAAUGAGUUUUUCAUUUCCAUCUUAUUCAAAAACCAGUAAACAUUCCUCUCUGCCUCCAUCACUUCCUCUUACUUUGUCAGUAUAUUUUUGUUUUUGAUGGAAACCUUGCAUGUUGGCCAGUUUCUCUGAACUGAUGUGUGCAGCAUGUAUGUGUUUGUGUGCAUUCACAAAAUUAUAUCCGUAGAAAGUAUAUAAAUUAAAAUAUUAGUUGUUAAUGA